AGCGUCACGCUGCCGCUGUCGCAGUUGCCGUCGCCGUCGCUGUCGCUGUCGCCGUUAGCGCCGCAGUUGAAGACCGUGUUUAUAGUCAGAGCGACAGUUAAGCGACGGCAGCGGCAGGUGUCAUUUGAAUUUGAGUUGCGCGGACGCGGUCAAAUCGAAAGCUCGAGUUUAUAACGCACGGGACGCCGACGUUAACGCUGACGCCGACAGCGAUGGGUACGCGCCGCGAUGGUCAACAAAAUGCCGCCGACGCCGCCGCCGCGACCGAAACUAAAAUCGUAACCGAAACCAAAACCGAAACCGAAACCGAAACCGAUUCAAUGCUCAAGAUAAUGACUGCGACGCCGGCAUCAGCGACAACGGCAACGACAACGACAACAGCGUUGACGGCGCUGACAACGGUUAACGCUCAAAAUAAAUGCGCGACGGCAGCGCCAACGACUUUUAGUUAUCUGAGAGCAGCGAAGCGUUGCGCACGCCUCGAACAGAAAACAGUCGCAGUACCAGCACCAGCACCAAUAGACGAACAACAAGAAGAAGGAGAAGCUUUGCCAAAAGAGAGCGAAACAAUAGAAAUUGAAACAUCAACUCUGUGUGCCAUUCCAUGUGAACGACAGCUUCGACUCGCUAAGCACAAGGCGCAACUGCGUGCAGCUUUUUUCCAGGAUUUUAACGCUUUAACAGCGCAGCAGCAGCAGCAACAACAACGGGAACCUCAGCCGCAGCAACUUCAAAGUGAAGCGCUUGAUUCCAAGACGCCCAUACAGCAGCUUAUUGAUAAGUUUCAGGCAAUGAUCGUGCAGCAGCCAACAACGGAGGCGCCAGGCCAGCUGAAGCCAACUGUAAUCGCGAGCAGCGCUGCCAAUUCGGACGAAGGCUGCAAUGCGGGCGGCAUCAGUCCGUGCAGCAGCGACAAUGAGUGCGACGCUGUCGCCCGGCGCAAGCCGAAAGUGACGCGCUGUGCGAGCAGCGACUCAGCGCUGGGCCUGGAAGUGGACGAUGUGAACAUGGAGGCGCUGCCGUCGCCGCAGCGACGCAUGACAUUGACAGUUACCGAUUUACCGUUACGGCCGGCUCUGCUGCCAUUGGCCGAGCCCACAGCAUUGCCAGACUCGCCGCUAACCUCGCCGACCAGCGCCACCGCUGCGCUCGGCAUGGGCAUGGGCGUGGUCGGAGGCGUAGGUGUGGGCGCGGGCGUGCCAACAAAAGUGCUGCUGGAGGAGCGCGUCGUUGCGGCGCUAGCAGCGCCGCCCGGUUCACGUCGCGAGUCCACGCAAAGCUGCGUCAGCGAGCUGGGCGGCAUGGCUGGCGUGCGUUACGUGCGAACGCCCUCGGUGGUCGUGUCGGACUAUUCGGAUGAUAUAACGGCAUGCGGCAUCAGCAUGGAGGAGAUGGAGUAUUUUCGCCUGCAGCGCGCACGCUGCCAGCGUCGCUGUUCGCUGGAAGCGAGUGCCGCUGCCGCCGGCACCAUCGGCGGCUCCAAGGAUGAAGGUCAGUCGGAUGUGAGCGCGGCGAGCAGCUGCAGCAACUUGUAUUACUGCGGCUCCACCAUCUCGGCGCUGGACGGCGGCGAGUGCAUUGUGAACGGCGUACGCGUUGCUCUUGCCCGCAAAUCGAGUCACAGCAGCAGCGGCGAGCUGAGCGGCGGCGACGACGAGGACAUAGACAUCGAGCAGUUGCAGUUGGAUCAGCAGCAGCAGCAACAGCAGCAGCAGCAGCAGCAGGAGCGUGAUCAAGAGCGAGAGCGAGAGCGUCAGCUGAGCGAGCUUUUGGCUGCCACGCAGCUCGGCGAUGGCACUAAGAAGAGUUCUGGCUGGCGGAAAAUAAGGAACAUUGUGCAAUGGACGCCCUUCUUUCAGACGUACAAGAAGCAGCGCUAUCCAUGGGUGCAGCUGGCGGGUCAUCAGGGUAACUUCAAGGCUGGGCCCGAGCCGGGCACCGUCCUCAAGAAGCUCUGCCCCAAGGAGGAGGAAUGCUUCCAGGUGCUCAUGCUGGAUGUCCUGCGUCCAUAUGUGCCCGUCUACAAGGGUCAAGUGACCAGCGAGGAUGGCGAACUCUAUCUGCAGCUGCAGGAUCUGCUCAGCGACUAUGUGCAGCCGUGUGUCAUGGACUGCAAAGUGGGUGUGCGCACCUAUCUGGAGGAGGAGCUGUCCAAGGCCAAGGAGAAGCCCAAGCUGCGCAAGGACAUGUACGACAAGAUGAUACAAAUCGAUGCCCAGGCGCCCAAUGCCGAGGAGCACGCAGCCAAGGCGGUGACCAAGCCCCGCUAUAUGGUCUGGCGAGAGACAAUCUCGAGCACCGCAACGUUGGGUUUUCGCAUUGAGGGCAUCAAGAAGAGCGACGGCACCAGUUCCAAAGAUUUCAAAACGACCAAGUCACGCGAACAAAUCAAAUUGGCCUUCGGCGAGUUCCUUAGCGGCCAUCCACAUAUUCUGCCACGGUAUAUACAACGCUUGCGGGCCAUAAGGGCCACUUUGGCCGUCUCUGAGUUUUUCCAGACGCACGAGGUGAUUGGCAGCUCGCUGCUGUUCGUUCACGAUCAGACGCACGCCAGCGUUUGGCUAAUUGACUUUGCCAAGACGGUGGCACUGCCGCCGCAGAUGAGCAUCGAUCAUUAUUCGGCCUGGAAGGUGGGCAAUCAUGAGGAUGGCUAUUUGAUUGGCAUCAACAAUCUCAUUGAUAUAUUCGUCGAGCUGCAGGCGGCCAAUGAAAUGGAGUCUGCAGCUGGCACAGUUUCCGGUUCCGGUUCAGGCUCUGGCUCUGGUUCAGCCUCCGGUUCCGGUUCGGUUUCACCAGCACCCGCUUUCAGCGGCCAGGAAGAGGAGCCCAGCAAAGUGUAAAGGGCAAAGCAUAAAAUCAAUCUUACAUAUAUAUAUAUAUAUAUAUAGACUUAUAUAUAUACACUCAUAUAUAUACACAUAUAUAUAUAUUUAUAUAGAACUAUUUAGUUUACGAUUAUACUGAAGCGUUCCAUGGGGCUGCGCCCCGACAAGGACAUUUCCUAGCACAUUCCACAGAAAUGUGUUAAAACAAAAACAAAAACAAAAACAAAACAAAAUCAAAUAUCAAAUAUCAAUUAACCAUAAUC